AUGUCCAAUGCAGACAGCGAAGGACCGCUAUCGCUGGAGGAAAGAUGGCAAAUGUGCAAAAUUCAGGAUGACCACAAGGCUUCCCUCGUUGAGGAUUUGUUUUCUCACAUUGCAGAGCUUUCCGAGAAGCUCUCCGAGGUUAGGAUGGAGCUCAAGGAAAAGAAGAUGCUGGUACGGUCUUUGUUUGAUACCGAUGACAAGAGUAAAGAUCAAAUCGAAAAGCUGCAAAACGAGAAAGACAAACACUGUUUUGCAAUGGUCCUCGUUGACGGCGAUUGUAUGCCAUUUCUGGGUGAUCUUAUUGAGCAAGGACUCGAGGGAGGCAAGAAAGCUGCAAGCCUUUUACGUCUCGCUGUUUUUGACGAGCUGAAGGCCAUUGACCCCUGCCUUCCGCAUCACCUGCAACUUGCCAUCCGCGUUUACGCCAACUUGAAGGGUCUGGCCAAGACUUACACCGAAAUGGGUAUUAUACCAGAUCCGAGUGUUUUGGAUGAUUUCGUCCGAGGCUUCAACAUGUGGAAUGCAAUGUGCGACUUUGUUGACGCGGGUAAUGGCAAGGAGUGUACGGAUGAAAAGUUGAAGGCAAAUUUUGAGUCGAGUGUGUCCGAUGUUCACUGUCGACAUGUUUUGUUUGGUGGUUCGGCAGAUAGCGGUUACGCUCGCCUGUUGGGAUCGUACCUCGAUAACGAUGAGAUCCGCAAGAAGGUCGUCCUUCUCGAGGGACCUCCAUUUGCGCAAGAGCUAGCGGAGAUUAAAGACCAAUUCCGCGUCGCUUCUUUCAACAGGGUUUUCAGGCGUCAGAAACUGUUCAACAACAUCAAGCGCAAGGUUUCAUAUAACAUCACACCACCAUCGACACCCUCGCCCAACUAUGCGUCAGCCGCUGCGAGAGCUCCACCAGUUCUCGCUGGAGACCUGCCAGUACGUCAACAACCCAUAGUUGACUCCAGGAUGCCUCUUCUAGGGCAGGUGCUGCGGAACAAAGCCGGGCAACGGAUUGAUCCACCACUCGAUUGUACCCACCAGGAGUUCAUCCUGAUGAAGAACCGCAAGUUAUGCAACAGUCUUCAUCUUUUGGGUAGAUGUCCCUAUAGGGAAGCUUAUGGGAAGUGUUCGCACGACCACAAGGGCAGGUUGAGCCCCAAAGAGUUGCAAGUUCUCUGGGCCGUCGCUCGUCAGUCUCACUGCCAUACAGGUCUCAGCUGCUCCGAUCCAAAUUGCGUAUUUGGCCAUCAGUGUCCCCGUGAGAGUUGUAAUGGGGCGAGCUGCCGCCUGAGAUUCCCGCUGGAGUUGCAUAACAUUGACAAAAGACCUACUCGAUGA